AUGCCCUCCACCAACAAUGCCCCCAAACCCUGGGAUACCGACGAUAUAGACAAGUGGAAAAUCGACCCCUUCUUGCCUACGGACAAUGUCGGUGGUGGUCUUGCCGAGGAAAGCUCAUUUAUAAUACUUUUCCCAAAGUAUAGAGAAGUUUACCUUCGCGAAGCGUGGCCCGGAGUCACAAAAGCGCUUAAAAACAUUGGCAUUGCAUGCACACUCGAUUUAGUAAACGGCAGCAUGGAGGUCAAGACAGUGAGUUAUUCCUCGUUUACUAAGAAAACCUGGGAUCCCGCAGCGAUCCUGAAAGCGAGAGAUCUGAUAAAGCUACUUGCGCGAAGCGUUCCCGCACCAGAAGCUUUACGAAUACUAGACGAUAACACUGCCUGUGAUGUCAUCAAGAUCAGAAAUCUCGUAAACAACAAGGAAAAAUUCGUAAAGCGUCGUCAGAGGUUGCUAGGGCCCAACGGGUCAACUCUCAAGGCUUUACAGCUCCUCACGUCUACAUAUCUGCAAGUGCAGGGUAACACAGUCUCCGCCAUUGGUGGAUACAAAGGCCUGAAGGAAGUAAGGCGUGUGAUCGAGGACACUAUGAAUAAUAUACAUCCCAUAUACCAAAUCAAAGAGCUUAUGGUAAAAAGAGAGCUCGCCAAGGAUCCAUUGCUAAAGAACGAGUCCUGGGACCGCUUCCUCCCCAACUACAAGAAGCGCAGCCUCAGCAAGCGUCUCAAGCCGCACAAGGUCAGCGAGAAGAAGCCGUACACGCCCUUCCCGCCCGCCGCGGAGCCCAGCAAGGUGGACCUGCAGCUCGAGGCCGGCGAGUACCACAUCGGCCGCGACGCCAAGAAGCGCAUGGCGCAGGAAGACCGCCUCGAGAAGCAGAAGGCCAAGAAGGAGGAGAAGAAGCGCGAGCGCGAGAGGGACUUCAUCGCCCCCGACGAGCCUGUCGACGGCGAGCAGCACAAGAAGAAGAAGCGAAAGACCAAGGCGGCGCGGGACGAGGAGUGAUGAGAUUUCAUCGCGUUUUCUGUUUCGAGAUGGUGUCGGCCGGUGUGCGUGAGAUGUUAUUAAUUCCACGACAUAAGUACUUGUUCACCAGGUUGAAAGGACUCGGUACUUUUAGCAGGAAUCUCACCUCCUAAUCCUAUCGAGAUAUACGACAGAGGGUUGCAUGAGGAGAAAAGGGAGAGAAAUUACUCUCUUCACUUCAAUAGUAUUUGUCACAUUGCAAUGGCGCCCCUGAUAUGGCAG